AUCUCCGUCACAAAUACACGCGGAAGACCGGCCCGGAGUUACGGAAUUUUAAAACUUCCGGUAAAGUGUAGUUAAUUAGUCCGGGUGCAACUCACCCGACUAAAACCGAGUGCGUCCUCUCUUCAUUUUUACCAACUUUGAGCCAAAAUUAUUGUUCAAGGGUUCGAGUUUACGAAACUAAUUAAUGAGCUAAGCUCUUGACGAUUACUGGGCUUAGUGUUAAAACGAAAAAAUCUGAAUUGUAAAGAGGUGACUUUUAACCCAAUGGAAAAUAAAGUGUCAGUGGAUUAUUAUUAAUAAGUGUGCACGGGGGAAAUGUAAAAACACCACGAAGAACAAACAGGCAAAAUGGCAGCUGGCUCUGCGGUGGCGAUGAUAGGUGCCAACCUGCGUUUCGGCAGUUCGGUGGCGAAUGCAAGUCUCAAUGCCACCAAGGUCUUCCAAUGUCAUCCUGGAGGGACCGCUGAAGCCGCGCUGAUAUUCGCCUUAGGAACGAUGGGAAUGGCCGCCAAUAUAGCGCUCAUGGGAGUUAUACUGGCCAACAGACAGCUCCGAAGGUGGUCUCAGGGCCUUCUCUUCCACCAAGGAGCCGUCGACUGCGCCCGUGCGGCUCUCCUCCUCCCUCUGGGUAUCUCAAUCCUCCACUGCCAGCCGGUGCAGAAAUGCUCCCUUGUGGAAACUGCCUUCCUCCUCCUGGUGACGGUCGCCACCGUCAACAUGCUGACCACAGUCCUCAACGACUCGCCCGUCUUCCCCGAGGACGACGACUCCGACUCCCUCUCCGACGUGCCCCUCCUCAUGGACUCGCCCCAAUGCGUGCUCUUCGGCACGUUCAUGAUCUGGUUCGCGUCGAUUACCAUCAACUUGGGCCCCACGUUCCUCUCGGGGGCGCUGGCGGCCCAAGGCGAGGCGGGCCACAAGGCCCCCUCGUGCCCCCUCAUCCACGGCCCGCUGCGCCACUACAUCCUCAACGCGCUCUGGAUCGCCGUCAACCUGGUGUGCGUCUUUCUGACGCUCUUCCACUUGCGGAAGCUGCACCGCGACCUCACCAAGGCCAACGUGGAGGCGGUGCGGGUGGCGGGCCUCGUCACCACACUGGUGAACGUGACAGGAGGCGGCGGCGCUGCCGCCAACGGGGAGCGGGCCUCCGGCGCCCUCGAAGAGCACCGCAGAAUGCGAGAAUACCUCCGUCGAAUGGAGCGCGACGGCGUCCAGCGCGUAAAGAUGUUCCUCGUCAUAACCGCCGCCUACGUCCUUUUCUGGGGUCCACUUUUCUUCGUCACCCUCGUCAACCACCCCAUCGUAGGCAACCCUCUCGGACACGAGAUAACGCUGCACAUAUCAUACGUUCAUGCCAUUGUCAAUCCUACACUUUUUUUGGUACUGCACAGAGGGCUCCGAAGAGCCACCCUUGAUCUCUGUUGCGGAUGGAUACCGCUGUGGUUGGGCAACCCCAACGUACCCCCGCCCCCAGACCCCCCCAGAACUGACAUAUCGCUGCUCAAACCACCCCUGCCCGUACCAGCCCACCCUGAUAGCUCUAUGGUAAUUAAAUAUUAUAUGGAGACUCCGAUUUGAGUCCGUGGACUCCGGAGCCGGUAAACGGAGGAAUCCAAAUCCCACAAUACAUCAGCCCGGAGCCGAGUUCACCACCCGAGAGUGACUAGCAUCCGGAUUGGGACAGAUCCACCCGGAUCUAAGUUCGUCGUCAGUUAAAGACUGCAAUCGGACUCUUGUAGUAGAAUCAACCGAACUGAACUGUUUUAUUUGUAAAAAUUAAAUUAUGUAUACUGACAAGAAGGUGAAGAGCGAAAGUUUUGUGCAACUCCAACCAAAAUCCGCCUAUUUUAGGAAUUGAUAAUUUUAAGAGACUAUGCGAGACGAUUAGAUAGGAAAUAAAUGUUGGUGACUAGAUCAACUAUAUCAUUGUAAAAGAACACUGUCAAUGGGUACUAAAUAUUUUACUAAAACACUGAAGAACUGAUAUAUUAUUGUAACUAUCUCAAGUCUUUCUGGUAGGAUAGUGAAGCUGCAAUUCCUAAAAUCAAGUCCUCAAAAAUUGCUCAACAGAUGAAACUAGCCAAUUUUAGAAAUUGCGGCGCGAGUGUUACUUGUAGUAGAAUAGUAUUUAGGACCAGAGCUGCAAUCAAAUCCAUGUGAUUAGAUCGUAAAUGUCACAUAGAUCCUCUAAGACACAUUUUUCUCCAUACUGAACCGUAAUAAAUGGGAAAUCUGUCGAGCACGAGCUUUAUCGUUUCAUGCCACUUUAAUGUUAUUCUAGACAUAUCCAGAAACGCUCUAUUUUCUCAUUUAUUCAAUCACCAAUGUUUGUAGCAACUAUUUGUGUAAUAAUAAUUAAUUUCCUGAUUCAUAAGCCGGUUGGAUAAAGCAAUAACACAAUUAUGUCCAAAUGUAUUCAGGUUAAAAGAGUAACCACUAAACUAUGUGCCUAAAUGUAUAAAUAAAUAAAUUUAAAAAUAAUAAAUCAUUGCUUUUGUAUAUAAACGUGUUAUGUAAAUUACAACGAAAUCUAAUGACAAUUAUAUAAUUUACCAAAACAAAACGAAAUAAAAUUAUUGCACUCGAAAUAUUCUUCCAGCAAGUUUUUUUCUGUAUGUAUUACUA